CCUCCUCUCCGCCGCCGGCAUCCCCUUUUCCUCCAUCGACGGCGGCGACCUCCCUGGCGACCCACUCCUCCAUCGACGGCGACGGCCUCCUAAGAUAGAGUAGUAGAUCAAGAGGAGGCCUACACCCUCUGCGUCCACGACACCGACAAGGCCAACAAGCUCAAGCAGUCGCCGUCCCCCUAGAAGUGAGAUGGCUGGCUUGGAAGGUUUCGAGUUCUUCGAGAUCGUAAUUGAGAAAUCUUGCAGUAGGCAGAGGCUGCCUGACAAGUUUGCGAAGAUGCUCGCCGGCCGUGAGCCCCACAAAGUGAAGCUGCGGGAGGCCGGCAGCGGGCUUCGCAGGCUGUGGGACGUGUUGGUGGUGUUCGAUGGCGAAGGCCACAUGUACCUAGGGCCCGGCUGGGAUCAUUUCACCCGCGCCCAUGAGCUACAGCUCGGGUACUUCCUUGUCUUCCGCUACGACAGCGACGCCAUGUUCACGGUGAAGAUGUUCGACAACACCAUGUGCCGCAUGUACUACCAGCACGACGACGAUGCCAGCAAUGGGAGCAGCAGCGGGGAUGACGAGGAGCAGAGCAGGGAUGACGAGGAGCAGAGCGGGGAUGACGAGGAGCAGCCUAUUCUGGCUGACGACGACCUUGCUAUGAUGGUGGCUGAUGACGACCCUGCUAUGGUGGUGGCGGAUGACGACCUUGCUAUGGUGGUGGCUGACGACGACCCUGCUAUGGUGGUGGCGGACGACGACCUUGCUAUGGUGGCUGACGAUGACCUCGCGAUUGUGAUGUCCAAUGAUGACCUCGCAAUGGUGGUGCCUGAUAAUGACCUCGUGAUGGUGGUGGCGCCUGCAAGCCCACAGCUUGGCGACAGGACCAUGCCAAUUGUGGUAGAGGAGUACAUCCGCGUUGGGAUUCACCACUCUGAGCGCAUCAAGUUGAUGAAGGAGAAGAAGGAGGAGUGAAGAUGUUAAGAAAUGAAGUGGCAAUGUUAAGCAUGUUAGGUUUAAGCUUGUUAGUGUAAUCUGAACAUGUCAAUGUUAAGUAUGCCAGGUUUAAUUUUGUGCAUGUUCAUGGAUGCUGUAUGACAGUGUCAUCUAAACAUGUCAAUUUCUUAAUUAUGAAUAUUUGGUUUGGUAA